UUUCAUCAUAGAGUUCCCAAUAUUCAGGAACCAUGUAUAUAAAACGAAAAUAAAUGAAUAACCAGAAGUAAUUCAACACAGAAGUUUUUUACCUAAAUUGUUAAAGUUCUGGUAGAGAUUAAUGUAAACUUACAAUUAUCAUCUUCGCUUUUUAUUUACGUAUACAUAUAAUAGUGAGUGGUAUGUAUAUCAUAGCAGUUACCUUCGUCAAAUAAGUGAUCGUAAUAAGCUUAUGAAAGGAUAAUUGAAAUAAAAUUGUCUAUCUCCUCAUUUAUAAAGGAACAAAACCGCACAAAUGGUGCGUUUGCUGGAGAAUACGUAUGCUAGAUUGUUAAAAUCUUGCGGAAAGGUCUCCUAAAAGGAGUGCCUUUAACAAGGGGUUUUUUGUUGUACUGAUCAGAUAUCGAGAAUCUUAAAAAUGACGGAAAAUCGGGGAAAUUUUUCAGCUUCAACCAAUCAAAGUUCUAGCAGAUCAUUCAGUUUUCAGCAUAUGGAUUUUGGACCUAUUAAUGAUGUUCAGAAUGAAAUUUCAGAAAAAAGAAGACAAUUCAAACUUAACUUUCAAACGCAAGGAAGUAACAUGUCAUUUAGUAAUUCAACUAAUUCAUCUCAUUCUAAUUCAAGUGGAACUGCAGCAUGCGUGCCAGUAUCCUCUCGUCCAAAUUUACCUUUAUCUUUGCCCAAACUACCAGCAAGAGCAUGUACUAAGGUUACGCAAGAACUCCCUGACAAAACAAGAGAUAAAUUGCGAAUGUGUCAGUCAAUGCAAAGUACUGGAAAAUUACAGUUACCACCGGAUGGAGUAUAUGAUUUUACAAGCGAAGAUCUUCAAGAUUUAGGAGAAAUAGGGAGAGGAGGAUUUGGCACUGUAAAUAAGAUGAUUCAUAGGCUAAGUAAUACUGUUAUGGCUGUGAAGAGAAUUCGUUCUACAGUGGAUGAAAGGGAGCAAAAGCAACUAUUAAUGGAUUUAGAGGUUGUAAUGAAGUCUAAUGAAUGUCCGUGUAUUGUGCAAUUUUAUGGAGCUUUAUUUAAAGAAGGUGACUGUUGGAUUUGCAUGGAGCUCAUGGACACCUCAUUAGAUAUAUUUUAUAAGUUUAUUCAUGAGGUAUUAGAGGAAAGAAUACCGGAACGUAUUUUAGGAAAAAUUACUGUCGCCACAGUAAAGGCAUUGAAUUACCUCAAGGAAAAAUUAAGAAUAAUUCAUAGAGAUGUAAAACCUAGUAAUAUCUUAUUAGAUCGACAUGGUAAUAUAAAACUUUGCGAUUUUGGUAUAUCAGGGCAGUUGGUAGAUUCAAUUGCCCGAACUCGGGAUGCUGGAUGCAGACCGUACAUGGCUCCAGAAAGGAUAGACCCUCAGCGUGCAAAGGGUUAUGAUGUCAGAAGUGAUGUAUGGUCACUAGGGAUUACAUUAAUGGAAAUUGCAACUGGAUAUUUUCCAUAUCCAAAAUGGAAUUCAGUUUUUGAACAGCUUUAUCAAGUGGUUCAGGGUGAUCCACCGCGAUUGUCUCCUAACGAAAAUGGAAAUCAUUUUACCAUGGAUUUCGUGAACUUUGUGAAUACAUGUUUAAUCAAAGAAGAGACUCAGAGGCCGAAGUAUAACAAAUUGUUAGAACAUCCUUUUAUUAGAAAAGCGGAAGAAGAUACGGUCGAUGUUUCGACGUACAUAAGCGGCGUUCUUGACAACAUGACUCUCAGGGGAUUAACGCCUUUUACUACUAAUCGGCAUUAAACCGAAAAUAUAAAAAUAAUACACAUUUGUACCUUAAUUUCUAUAAUUUUUCAAAUCUUAAGAUUGAUUAUUGUAAAUGAGUAGGUUAUUUGCACAAUUUAGUGUAGAUAGUGAAAUCAAUCAACAUCGAUCAUUGUCGAUAAUAAACCAUUUUGUGUAGAAUCAUAUUAUCGUGGUACAGAGUUCUUAUAUACAUAGCAAUUAGAAGUGUUCUAAUGACAAGUUGACAUUUAUUAAAUAGUAUGUAGAAUGAAAGAAAUUCUAAAUCAGCUUUCUUAUUGAAAUAAUUAUACGAUUUCAAUGAAACACAUUUAUAAAAUUAUACAACAAUUAGAUGUUUCACGUUUAUGAUUUAUUUACACGUUACAUUAUUGGUUGAUUCCUAUCAUUUGUAAUGAUAAUUUGUAGUAAUAAAAUCGCGGUAUCUUUUCAAUAGUUAAAUGGUUUAAUUAUAUGUAUUGAUGAUGAAUGUUACACAUGAUCAGGUUAGAUACUGUGUUUCAACUUUUUGCAAUUUUAUGAAUCGUAUAUCUAUUGUGUAUUAAUUUAAUCUAUUUUGUAUAAGUGAGGAAGAAGGAAAAAACUAUGAUUAUUAUUCUCGUUGAAUUAAGUAAAGCAAAAUGGGAUAUAAAUUAAAACUUUAGUAUUGUCAUGAUAUGCUUCCUUGUUGCCGAAAACAUGUUUAGUAACAAGAAAAUUACAUGCGAUUGAAUUACAAUAUGAAUACUACAUUA